AUGGGUGGGCCCAAGGAUCAAGAUUUUGCCCCUCCUCCCUCCAAAUGCAUGGAUCCUCCCAAGAGAAGGCUUUAUCAGGUUUGGAAGGGUAGGAAUAAAUUCCUGUGUGGGGGGAGAUUGAUCUUUGGUCCCGAUGCACCAUCCGUUAUGUUGUCAACAUUACUGAUUGGGGGGCCAGCUUUGACUUUCUGCUUCAAAAUGCUUCUGAGAAUAUCGGAAGCCGAUCUCUUGUACGGCCGGGCCGUGUUGACUGUGGGGCUCGUCCUCACGUGUUUGGAUUUGACUUUUCUUUACAUGACGGCUUCGAGAAACCCGGGAAUAAUACCUAGGAACUCCCGGCUGCCCAAUUCUGACAGCCGCUCGAUAUCUAUGGCAUCCAUUGACUGGAUAAACUGCGAAACACCCUCUUUGAGAAUUCCAAGAUUGAAGGAUGUGUAUGUGAACGGGCACACAGUAAAGGUGAAAUUUUGCGACACGUGCUUGCUGUACAGGCCACCUCGUGCUUCCCAUUGCUCCAUUUGCAACAACUGUGUCGAGAGGUUCGACCAUCACUGCCCCUGGGUUGGCCAGUGUAUUGGAGUUAGAAACUACAGAACGUUCAUCUUGUUUGUGAUGACAUCAACAUUGCUUUGCAUACACGUUUUCACGUUCUCUUUGGUGAAUUUGCUCAAAGAUCCGGGCCCACUUUGGAGAAGUAUGUCACGAGACGUGUUAUCGGUUAUCCUUCUCGUUUACUGCUUCAUCUCGGUUUGGUUUGUCGGUGGACUUACCGUCUUGCACUUCUAUCUUAUGUGCACCAAUCAGACGACGUACGAGAACUUCCGAUAUCGUUACGACACGAAGGAAAACCCGUACAAUGAAGGGGCUUUUAACAACCUAAAGGAGAUUCUCUUCUCGAAGUCUGUGCCUUCGCAAGUCAACUUCCGCGAGUGGGUGACGGUCGACGAUAUUGACGAGUCGACUGCGGGUUCGUUUUACGGGAGAUACCUCGGCUCCGACAUCAAGAAGCCAAGCUUUGUGGAUUUGGAGGCGGGCGUUCUUGGAAAGGAUGGGAAACCGGUCGUGCGGGACUACAAUGGGAUAGACGAGGGCUUGAAGAAGCCCAAGGGCGAAAGCGUCAUUCUUGAUUCUUGUUUCGUCCCGAGCGAUCGGGAAGAGAAAUGCGGUGAGGAGGAUGAUGAAGAGAGUGAGGUUAGCUCUCAAAGAACAUCAUCUGGUGUGCUCCAUAGAUAA